UGCUGGUCCAAAAACUUGUUUGGGAAUGAAAAUGGCUCAAUUAGAUCUUAAAACUGUUUUAGCUAUACUUAUUAGAAAUUUUGAAUAUAGACCAGUUGAAGGUUUUAAUGUUGAGGAUAGAGCUACCAUUGUAUCUAAACCUGUUCCUGGUGUUGAUUUAUUUGUUUCAAAAGUAGAUUAUUAA